AUGUCGGUGGCAUUGGCUGCGAUUGCAGGAGCAAUAGCUGCUAGCUAUGCAGACGCAAGAUACGGAAUAACGAGAGAUAUGAAAAAUAUUAUGAAGAAAAAUGAAUCGGAAAUUUUGUCUCGGAUUAUGGAAUUGGGUAAACAAAAAUCUUGUUCGGUCUAUUUGAUCGUUGAGGAUGCUGCUCGAAGAUGGCCAAAUAAAGAAGCGCUUGUUUUUCAAGAUCGAAGUUGGACAUUUGCACAGUGUGAACAGGCAUCACUAAUAAACACAAGUCUCCGUAAAGAAAGUUUCAAAAACGCGCUCGACUUAUGUAAACCGAAAUUAAUCGUCGUGAGCGAAGACCUGCUCUUUAAUGCUAUAGAAAUCGAUCAUCUUGAAAUUCCAAUUGUUGAAUUUCGGUUCAGCAAUAAAGUGUCAAAUAAUGAUGCUUUUAAUAACAGUCUUUGUGACGAUUGGGCUGCAAAGACGACGACGCAAACAAAACGUUUAUUCUUGAACGAAUUGUCGGGAAUUGAUUCGAACAACUUUGUUAAGCCGGAAAUACAGUUAUUCGAUAUUUUGUGUUAUAUUUAUACGAGUGGAACUACGGGAUUUCCAAAGGCUAUCGAAUUUUCACACAUAUCAAUUCUCUACAUCAAUUUUUCCGCCCCAACACUUCAUGAAAUUUACUUUUUCGAUGAUCGCCGAUAUUGUCCAUUGCCACUUUAUCAUGGUUCGGCUUUGGCACUUGGAUUUUGCGCGUGUUGGGGAGUUGGCGCAACAUUUAUAGUCGGGCAAAAAUUCCGAGCCUCAAAAUUUUGGGACGAGUGUCGAAUCACUAAUGCUACCAGUUUUCAGCACAUAGGUGAACUCUGUAGAUAUUUGAUGCUACAACCACCAUCGAUUAAUGAUAAAAAUCAUAAAGUUCGUCUUAUUUACGGGAAUGGUCUUCGUGGUGAUAUUUGGCAGGCGUUCAGAGAACGAUUUGGAAUUAAAUUAAUCGUAGAGUUUUAUGCGCAAGCAGAUGGCCAUGCGUUUUUGCUGAACAGGAAUUAUGGGUUAUUCGGGCUCGGAGCAGUGGGAUAUACAGGGAUAUUGCUAAAUUUUUUCGAAAAUUCACAAUUCAUAGUAAGAUUCGAUUAUGAAAAAGGUGUUCCUUAUCGAGAUCCAAAAACAGGUCGAUGCAUCUUGGCUAAAGUCAACGAGCCAGGAGAAAUGAUUUAUAAAGUAGACCAAAAUUCCACAAUCCGCGGCGGCUAUCUGAAUAUACCACCAGAAGAUGAUCCCAGAAACUUGUUUGAUGUUUUUAAGAAGGGUGAUUUUUGGAGACGUACUGGUGAAAACGUUUCAUCGCAUGAGGUCGCAAAACAUAUUUCUGCCUACCCACAUGUCAUCGAAACAAUAGUUUACGGGUUACUGUUAAAAUUUUAUGAUGGCCAAGCAGGAAUGGCAGCUCUGGUUCUCAAUCCGAAAAACAAAGAUUCAAUUCAAAAGACAAUGAAAGAACUUCCUCGUUUUUUGGUCGGACGUGGAUUGCCUAAUCACGCAAUUCCGAGAUUUAUUCGAUUAAUGGAUGAGAUGCCAACUACUGUAACAUAUAAAUACCAAGCAGCCAUAUUACGUAAAGAAGGAAUUGAUCGUGCAACUUGUGGACAGGAUAACUUAUUUGUUUUAGAUCCUGUACAAUUUGUUUAUACGCAGCUGGAUGAGAGUUUUUAUCAUAAACUCGAGAGAGGUAAUGCCAAGCUGUAA